AGCGGUAAGCGGGAAAAUAAAAGUUUCAAAAAGGCAUUGAACGAUGAAGUAAAGGAGUGGGCUUUCAGUCACAGACCGAAAUAGCCAUGGCAAUGGCGAUGGAGGAAGUCAUAUCCCGAAUAGUACAAGAGCUCGAAGAUAUUCGCAAUUCACAACCACCACCAUCUAUCUCCGAUUCCUCUCUCUCUGACCUGCAAACCCUUCUGCACAAUGACUCUGAAUCCAUGGACCGCUUCUACGACGAGCUCUCCUCCAAGUCUCUUUCUCCCUCGAAUCUCGUUUCUGCUCUUGCUUCCGCCAUGGAUUCUGGUUCAUCUUCUUUUUCCCUCUCGGCUUCGCAGGUCUAUCUCUCAAUGCUUCUUUUCCCCAAUUCACCUGUUUUCACUCUAUUCACUCCAAUGGCAUUCUUGUCACUUCUCCGUUCUAUUCGCCGCUGUCUCAAGCAUCGGCCCUCGGGUCAGGCCGACCCAAAUGGAUCGGCUCAGAGCUCUCAAAUUGGGACUAGCCGGAAGAGGAAAAUGGGCCCCCGAGGUCGUGGAGCGAAGAAGCGUGGUCGGAGUACUUGCAACGAAGAUCAUGAGAGUGGAGAGAGUGAGUUUGAUUUUAGGGUUUUGUUUACUGUGCUUAAAAAGUUGGAAAAAGUUAUGAAUUUGAUACAUUUGGAUCGAUUUCCCGAUACUUUGAAGUCUUUGAUUCAAACAGUUGCUGAAAUUCCAGUGCUUGGGAUUGAGGUAUGUGGUAAUUUGGAUAACUACGGUAGAUUGAGCAAAUUCUGCUCACAGAUUUUGCUUGAAGUCCUCAGGCCUGAGCACGGUGACCAAGCGCACUCGGCGUCUGAGGUGUUGAAAUCAUUGUCGCCUAUGAUUCUUCAGUUUAAAUCUCAGGCGAGGACGUUUGCUCUUGAAUUUAUAACGAUUCAAAUGGCGGAUGCAGUGAACCUUUCCGAUGGUGUUAAGAAAGCAUUGGUGAAUCUUCCCAAAUACUUGGUUGUAAAGGCGCCAGAGAAGUCUGAGCCUCGGGCUUUGGCUGUGGAUUCGAUAAUGGAGAUAGUUCGAAUCCUGGAAUUCGAAAAUCAAAUUGGGUUUGUGGAGUAUGUCAUGAAAAUGGGUCAAGGAAAGUCUAAUUUGAGGCUCUUGGCAACUGACCUCAUUCUGGUGCUUGUGACAUCAUUGAAAGAUCCACUGUGCCUGAAUUCAAAAACUGAAGUAAAGGAUUCAUGGGGUAUGAAAUGUUUAGAGGCAUUGAUUCAGCGAUGUUCGGAUGUGGUUGCUGGAAUUCGAUCUCGGGCUUUGUCAAAUUUGUCUCAGCUCGUGGGAGUUUUGUCAGGUGAUAGUAGGAGUCAGAGUGUGUUGAAAGAAGUUCUGGGGAUUGGAAAUGGAGGAGAGGGUCGAGUGAAUGAACUUCUGAGAAGAAGGUGUGCGGAUGAGAAGGCAGUGGUAAGAAAGGCUGCACUUCUUCUGGUCGCGAAAUUAACAGGUCUAUUUGGCUGCGGCUUUCAUGGAGCCUUGCUAAAGACUAUGGGAAUGGCUUGUUCAGAUCCACUUGUUAGCAUACGGAAAGCUGCACUUUCAGCUCUAUCAGAGGCCUAUAGAACAUCUCCAGAAGAAAGUGUGAUUCGAGAGUGGCUACAUUCUGUUCCUCGCUUGAUAACUGAUAAUGAGUCCAGCAUACAAGAAGAAUGUGAAAACUUGUUUCUGGAACUGGUACUGGAACGGAUAUGUAGAUCUGGAUCAAUUGAGUUGCCCCCUAGUAAAGGCAGUAUCUGCAGUUUUGAAGAGGAUUUUGAGUUGUUAUUCCCUGAAGGUGUUCUAGGUCUUCUAAGAGAGAUUUGCCAUGGAGAGGUGGCACCUUGGGUAAAGAAAAUAUGCACAAACCUUGGCAAAAAGAAUAAGUUAAAGCCCAAAAUUGCUAAAGCUCUUCAGACAAUCAUACAAAUGUCUGAGUCUCUUUGGUCAAGAUAUUGUCUGCCAAUAGAAAAGUGGACGGCUCCCCCUGGUGCUUGGUUUGUUUUGUCGGAGGUGUCAGCGUACGUUGCUAAAGCUGUAGACUGGGAGUUCCUCCACCAUCAUUGGGAGCUUCUUGACAAGGAUGACAUGGGAGUAAAUAUUACGAGUCCUGAUACACUAGGAGAAAUCUAUGAUGAUGAAGAGGAUGUAGAAGCGAAUUCUGUUGCUUGGGCUGGGGAUCGUGUUUUUUUAUUGCAAACAAUUUCCAAUGUUUCUAUUGUGCUGCCCCCUGAACCAGCUGCAGAUUUAGCCCAUAAUUUGUUCAAAAAACUUGACAAGUUCAAUAUGCAUUUGACAGAGGUUAAAGCUCAUGUUAAGGCACUUAAGACACUAUGCAAGCGGAAGGCUUCAAGUGCAAACGAGUCUGAUUCACUUGUUAUGAAAUGGGUGAACCAGCUUCUCUCUAAAGCUUCUAAAAUUUUAGAAAAAUGCAUCUCAGAAAAUUCAGAAGCAAACAAAAAUGGCAGCUAUAUGACACCUAAAAGUUCAACUAGAAAGAGCAGAAAAGCGAAGUCCAUGGCUAGGUCAUUGUCAAAAGCAGUUACGGCAGUCUAUACAAUUGGGUCUUUGGUUAUUCAUUGUCCAGCUGCUGAUAUGAGCUCAAUCAUUCCACUUUUACAUACAAUAAUCACAUCAGAAAAUCCUGAUCCUAAAUUGAACAAAAUACUAGGCCCUAGGGUCUUGUUCAAGCAAGCAGCCCCUUCUUUAUAUAUUCAGUCAUGGUUGGCUUUGGGAAAGAUUUGUCUUGCAGAUGGGAAACUUGCAAAAAGAUAUAUUCCUCUGUUUAUGCAGGAGCUUGAGAAGAGUGACUGUGCAGCCCUCCGUAAUAACUUGGUAGUAAUCAUGGCAGAUUUUUGCAUUCACCAUACUGCUUUAGUUGAUUGUUAUAUAACGAAGAUCACAAAAUGUCUCCGCGAUCCAUGUGAACUUGUGAGAAGGCAGACAUUCACACUGCUUUCAAGACUAUUGCAGAGGGACUACGUGAAGUGGAGAGGAGUUCUGUUCUUAAGAUUUCUUCUCUCGCUUGUUGAUGAGUCAGAAAAGAUAAGGCAGCUUGCUGAUUUCCUAUUUGGGAAUAUUUUGAAAGUCAAGGCACCCCUCAUUGCUUACAAUAGUUUCAUAGAAGCCAUCUUUGUUCUGAAUGACUGCCACGCUCACAGUGGACAUACUGAUUCACAUGGCUCCCGAACUGAAAGUCGACUUUUUUCCAUCAGAGGAAAUGAUGAGAGAUCAAGGUCUAAAAGAAUGCACGUUUAUGUUUCUUUGCUCAAACAAAUGGCGCCAGAGCACCUUUUGGCGACUUUCGCAAAGCUAUGUGCAGAGAUUCUUGCUGCAGCAUCUGAUGGUGCUCUAAAUAUAGAUGAUGUCACUGGACACUCAGUUCUUCAGGAUACUUUCCACAUUCUAGCUUGCAAAGAAAUCAGAAUACAGGCGAACCGUGGACCAUCAUUGGAUUCUGCAGAGGUCGAAGAAGAUGGAGAUGGUUCAGCAUCUGCUGCUGCAGCAGCUAGAGGAAGGGCCAUAACACAAGCAGUCAAAAAGGGUCUUAUCCAGAACAUGAUUCCCAUCUUCAUAGAGUUGAAGAGGCUAUUGGAAAGCAGAAACAGUCCACUUAUAGGUUCGCUCAUGGAAUGCCUCCGUGUUCUUCUCAAGGAUUACAAAAACGAGAUUGAUGAAAUAUUAGUUGCUGAUAAACAACUUCAGAAAGAGAUCAUGUAUGAUAUGCAAAAGUAUGAAGCGGGGAAGACCAAGUUAACAGCUGCUGAGGCUGUUGCCAACAAUAAAAACGCGAGUUGUAGCUUUCGUUCACCUGAUCCUGUUCAAGUUGGAGAUGGUAAACAAGUUCAAGAUAAUGGAAAGCUUGCAUCAGCAAUGGCAGAUGCAACAGCUGCCGCCACAGCUCGGUCUGUGCUCAAGGAACUAAACAAAGGAAUAGUGUCACCUCCUUUAACUGCUAAAAGUGUACCUAAACUCAAAUCUUGUGAGAAAGAAAACACUUCCAGAGUUGAUAAUCCUCAACAAGUAUUGGAAUCAUUGAGGAAAAGACACAACUUUGAUUCUGAUGAUGAAUUGAACUGAGGUCUGCUAUAUAAGUCUAGUAGCCAUUGAAGGUUUGAUCACAAGCUCUCACAGUUAGAUAUCAAUUUAACUGUAGAUUACAUAAUGAUUGAAAAAUUGAUAAUCAAGGCUGUUGUAUAAUCUUUUCUUCUUGAAAAGUGAAAGUAUAUAAAAUCCCACAUUUCCUUUCA